AUUGUCCAAAUUAUGACACUAAUAUAUUUAUUAGCAAGAAUCUUCACUAUCAGUAUGCGAAUUCUGACCAAAUUCACAGUUCAUACUUGUAUUCAGGGUGUCGUUCAGCUCCCUUGUGGUAGAACUCAAUUUUCUGCUGCUAUUCGACUUCAAGAAACCAUUUGCACAGAUUUUGCAGCAUAAUGUGUUCCACAGCAGCAUCAUCGCAUGAACGUGCUCGAUUGAUCUGGAGUUUACUUGAAUAGCACGAUUGCACCGGAGGAAUUAGGUACCAGUACGACCAUUAUAGUCCAAGAGCCCUUCAGUGAUUCAGUAUACCAGUUCACGCAGUCAUCGAUUGCUCGAUAAAAUGUGGGAGAGAUGUUUUUUUUCCCUCCCUCCAUCGUCCUCGUCAUUGGUUGAAACGUGUCAUUGCAGCACCCAUUACAGAGUUGCCAAAUGCCAAACACGGACUGUUGUUUGAGCUAAUGUAGCAAAACAGAGAGGAAGACUCAGCGCAUCAAGUUUCAUGAUGUAGAAUAUACAAGUAUACCCCUACGCAUGAUCAUCAGACUUCGCACUUGAUGAUCGUCUCUGACUUGCGAGCUCAGCUGCUGCUGCUCGCCCGUUCGCUCGCUGGAAAGUUAGAUAGCCCAGGCACUCAGCUCGGGCUCUUACAUCGAGAUUUGGUCAGCAAUAACCACCUUUUGGAAAGGCCAGUGACCUUUUGAAUGAUGUACAUGAAGCAUUGGCAUCGGUUUCCAGAAUAUCACUUUCUCUCUCGCUGGCAAUCAUGGCAUCGGUAUAUCGGCUGUACGAAAUCUCUCCUGUGCUUAAAUUUCAGAAUUGGAUGUGAGUGUUGGUCAAGUUGAGUUCGAUCGUUCGAUGGUCUAUUUUCCAUGAAGGCGUUUUGGCUCUUUGGCGACAGCCGAUUAGAUGAGCUUGCAAACAUUAUCUUCGUCCAUCUAGCAACUUGCAAGUAUUUCUGGAGUUGUUUAAUUCAUCACUGCGUCCACAGUGAAGCAAGCGACAGGCAACCAGUGCUGCAGCUGCAGUCUUGGAGAUGGAUCCCAAAGGCGGAGGAGCAAGGGACAAAGCGUUUUCUGAUCGCUGGGAGUGGGGCGACGCUGACUAGACGACAACGGCUGGUCCUGGUCCUUUUGGUGUUUCCCAUCCUGCCGACACACAUGCAUGACAUUCGAAGUCGGAGUCCAAGACAAGAUGAUGAUGAUGAUGUGACGAAGAUCUUGAAGUCUGACAUCAUUCUGAUUGAAACUUACGGAAGUCGAACUAGAGAUUUGAUCAGCUGAACUCGCAUUCCAAUCAUCUGACGAGCAGGGGGAAGGCUCUACUCUCCCUCCCUCCCUCCUUGAUGUGAUGAUUGAAUGAAUGAAGGGAUGGCCGCCGAUCGCCAACAAACGAUUUGGAAGAUCUGCCCAUAUGUUUUUUAUGUCAAAAUGCAAUGGACACUAUGAUCCACAAUGCCUGCCUACCCUUCCCUUGAAAGAGUCCAAGAUUUGUAAAAUACCUUUGUCAACUUAACCGAUGGAGGAGGACCGAACUACGGAAGGACGGAUUGCUGGCUUGAUGGACGAGACCAGGUCUUCCAUCUGCCCCUAUGCUGUAAUAGCAGCGCAGAUACAUGAUUGAGCAUCCGAAGGCAGAGGAUGGCACUUGGAAUGCAUUAUCCGUGAUGCUGGAUCUUCGAAGAACAAGCAAUGGGACUCCGAUCUGAUGACGGUUGAUUCUCUGAGGAUCUGAAAUGGAGAUUGGCGUUUGGUAAAGUGGAAUUUGGCACCAGAAGAUACCACGACAUGUAGCUGAGGAGUUAGAUUACCAGCCAGCUGAGAAGUGGAGGUAGAAUGCAAAACCUACUCUUAUCUCUCGUCCAGGCUCCAAAGUCUUCCUCUAAAUCUAGUCAGCAGCUCAUCAGACCUUCCGGUCCGGUCUAAUCCAAUGUGGUCUGGUCUGGUCUGGUCUGGUCUACCACUGUCUACUCGGGUCUGGUCUUCGUGCGCUGACGACAUCCAGCAUAAGAAAAACAUGGCUGAUGACACCGAUCUCACCGCAGUGCCAGACUCUCAAAUUGGCCCUAGUUCUCAAACUUGUGCUCUUUGCAGUUUCGUCAACCUCUCUAUGCUUUGGACGAUGACGAUGAUGAGCUCUUCGAAUGCCUCGCCUACAAUGCUGGAGAGCAGACGAUCGCGUCCCACUCAAAGGGCGAAGCCAGUGGCACAUAAGUGUUAAUGCAAACAAUUACCAUAAACGAGCUCGGUGGAGCUCGAGCUAGCAAAGCUUCUUACCUUCGCCCUACCAUUCAAUUUCAUUGUACAUACUGGACGGGGAAAGGUGUGACUUUCAUAUUUACAUUUGGGACAUGUUUAUGAGAAAGUACACCAGAAAUCAUCGUACCAAGAGAAUAUUGUACCCUGAUUUUUAAUUUGACUUAUAUACAUUUUAA